UGUUGCAUCAUCUUAUUGAUCCAGGUUAUCAAGAUGGGUGAAUCAAUGACUGCUAAAGAAAUUCGCCAGGCUUACAUUGAUUUCUUCAAGGGAAAAAAUCACGAAUAUGUGCAUUCAAGCUCUACGAUUCCUCAUGAUGAUCCAACUUUGUUGUUUGCCAAUGCUGGAAUGAACCAGUUUAAGCCCAUUUUCUUGGGUACCGUGGAUCCAAACAGCGACAUGGCAAAAUGGGUGCGAGUAGUAAACUCUCAAAAGUGUAUCAGAGCUGGAGGAAAGCAUAACGAUUUAGACGACGUAGGCAAAGAUGUCUAUCACCACACGUUUUUCGAGAUGAUGGGUAACUGGUCUUUCGGAGACUACUUCAAAAAAGAAAUAUGUACUUGGGCUUGGGAGUUUUUGACGCAGAUGAUGAAGCUGCCAGCAGAUAGGUUGUACGUUACCUACUUCGGCGGAGAUGAAAAAGCGAAUCUCGCUUCAGAUGAGGAGUGCAGACAGCUGUGGCUGUCAGUAGGAGUUCCCGAGUCCCACAUCUUGCCAGGAAGUAUGAAAGAUAACUUUUGGGAAAUGGGAGAGACUGGGCCGUGUGGUCCAUGCAGCGAAUUGCAUUAUGAUCGCAUUGGUGGCCGAGAAGCCGCUCACUUGGUCAACAUGGAUGACCCAGAUGUUUUAGAAAUCUGGAACCUUGUGUUUAUUCAGUUCAAUCGCGAGUCCGAUGGGAGUCUCCGUAAUUUACCGAAGAAACAUAUCGAUUGUGGUCUGGGUUUAGAGCGUCUGGUUUCUGUUAUUCAAAAUAAGCGUGCUAAUUACGACACUGACUUGUUCAUGCCGCUGUUCCAAGCAAUUCAAAGUGGCACAGGAGCGCGACCUUAUACGGGGAAAGUGGCCGAAGAAGAUCAAGAUGGAAUAGACAUGGCGUAUCGUGUGCUGGCUGAUCAUGCACGUACUAUUACCGUCGCCUUAGCUGAUGGAGGAAUGCCAGACAAUACCGGAAGAGGAUAUGUAUUGAGAAGAAUUUUGCGUCGUGCUGUUCGUUAUGCGACUGAAAAACUAAAUGCAAAGCCUGGUUUUUUCGGAUCUCUAGUCAUGGUAGUCGUAAGUUUGCUCGGUGAUGUUUUUCCGGAAUUAAAGAAAGAUCCCCAAUCUAUUAUUGAUAUUAUUAAUGAAGAAGAAACCCAAUUUUUGAAAACACUAUCUCGGGGACGUAAUCUUCUUUACCGUACAAUUGCGAAAUUAGACAACGCUAAAGUUGUUCCAGGAGACGUUGCCUGGCGUCUUUACGAUACUUAUGGAUUCCCUGUUGACCUCACGCAAUUGAUGACGGAGGAAAAAGGCAUGGAAGUUGACAUGGUCGGCUAUGAAGAAGCUAAAAAGGCAGCUCAGCUUGCAUCCCAGAGUAAAGCUGGGGGUGUCGAUGACCAGAUUAACCUUGAUGUUCAUGCAAUUACAGAAUUGCAAAAAAUGAACAUUCCUCCUACGGAUGACUCCUUUAAAUACAAUUAUACUUCGACGGACGAUAAAAAUUCCGAGUAUACGUUUGAAUCGUGUGUAGGUACUGUGAUAGCAAUGAGACGCGCUAAGAAAUUUGUUGAAGAAGCAUUACCAGGAGAAGAGGUAGGAAUUUUACUGGACAAAACUUGUUUCUACGCUGAGCAAGGAGGUCAGAUUUACGAUGAAGGGUUUUUAGUAAAAGAAUCGAGCAAUCAAGAUGAUAGUACUGAGAUUCGUGUAACAAAUGUUCAAGUACGUGGUGGUUACGUUCUUCACAUCGGUACGGUGGGUAUUGGAGUCCUGAAGAAGGGUGAUAAAUUGCAGCUAAAUAUCGAUACCGCUCGAAGACGUCUUAUAAUGAGUAACCACUCUGCAACUCAUGCGCUCAACUUUGCCUUGAGAAAAGUCCUUGGUACUGAGGCUGACCAGAAAGGAUCGCUCGUUGCUCCCGACCGUCUGAGGUUUGAUUUUACAAACAAAGGUGCUAUGACGACGAAAGACAUCAAGAGCGUUGAAGAGUCGACUGUAGGCUUGAUAGAAGAUAAUAGAAAAAUUUAUGCUAGAGAAAGUAAACUGGGCUUAGCUAAAACUAUUCAAGGAUUACGAGCAAUGUUUGAGGAGACUUAUCCAGAUCCUGUGAGAAUAGUUAGUAUGGGUGUACCGAUUGAAGAGCUGGAGAAAAAUCCUCUUGGGCCUGCAGCUAUGACUACCAGCGUUGAAUUCUGUGGAGGUACACAUCUACAUUACACCGGACACAUUGGAGACUUUGUUAUUGCUUCUGAGGAGGCAAUUGCCAAGGGAAUCCGCAGAAUCGUCGCUUUAACUGGCCCAGAAGCUGCAAAAGCUCUUAAAAAAGCUGAAAUCUUGCAGAACCGGGUCAACGUUAUCGAAGAUAAUAUGGCCAAUGACAAGGAGUUUAAAUUUACUAAAGAACACACGAAGAAUAUUCUAGAGCUGUUGAAUGAUGUUUCACAGGCUACGAUAGCUGCUUGGAAAAAAGAUACUCUGAGAGUGAAGCUCAAUGGAAUGAAGAAAACUUUGGAUGAUCGGGAACGUCAAGCUAAAGCUGCGGUUGCGACCAGUGUACUGGAAAAGGCAACGCUGAUCAUCGAAGAUAAAACAGGCACACCUGUAUUAGUCGAAGAGUUUCAGGCUUACAAUAAUACUAAAGCUCUCGAUGCUGCUCUAAAAAAAGUCAGAACUCUGUCGCCUAAUACAAGUGCUUUAUUUUUCUCAAUUGAUGAAGACACCAAGAAGAUAUUUGCCCUUGCGUCAGUACCUAAGGAAGCGGUUCAAAAAGGCUUGACUGCCAAUGAGUGGAUUCAGGCAAUCGUGCCGUUGAUAGGAGGAAAAGGUGGCGGUAAAGCUGAAGCUGCGCAAGCUUCUGGCCCCAACUAUUUAUGUCUCAAAGAAGCCAUGAAAAUUGCAAGGGAAUACGCUUCUUCAAAGCUUGAUAAUUAA